GAGACUUCCGGCGGAAGUAAACAACAAGGCGCUAGCAUCGUUAGCUUCCAGGUUUUCUUCUGUUUAUCGUCGGUUUUUGCUGUGUGAGCUGAAUAUUUCAGAGUCUGCAGUAACAACAUCUUCGGUUCAUCAUCUGAGAGAAUUGAUCAGAGAGCGACUAACUGCUGCUGCUGGAGAAAUAUUCAGAAACAUCGUUCAUUAGGAGGAAGAGAUCGAUCAUCAGCUCAGACUGCUGGAUAUCAGCUGGAAAACCCAGAUCAGAUCAGAACCUACAGGUCUUCUACAGGAUCAUGUCUGUUACUACAUGGGAGGUUGCUGCUGGUCAAUAUCUCAUAACCAAAGAGAGGAACUCUGUUCUGGAUCAAUUUAUAUCAGACAUUGGAGAAUUAAAAGAGGAACAGGAGGAACCACAGCAGAUGACUGAGACAAAAGAGGAACCAGAACCUCAAUCAAUUAAUAAAAAAUGGGUGGAACUGUGCAUGUUUCAGGACUACGGGCAGCUUUUAGUGAAGCAGGAGACCAACACCUCUAUGAUGACUCCUGCUAAUAAUGAAAUAUUCCACAAUGGACCAGAUGUGCAGCAGAUGAUGGAGACAAAGGAGGAACCAGAACCUGUACAGAUUAGAAAAGAACAGAAGGAAUUGGAAACCAAGCAGAUGAUUGAGAUAAAAGAAGAAACAGAACCUUUGCCAAUUAAAGAAGAACAAGUUCAACUCUGGAUCUUUCAGGAUGAAGGACAGCUUUUAGUGAAGCAGGAGACUGAUUCCUUUAUUCUGACUCCUACUGAUCAAAAAGACUCCAGUGAACCAGAAACUAUCAAGAAUCAUCUGCUCUGUUCAACCCGCCCUGAAGAUAAAAACCAACAUCAACAAGGAAACACUCAGCAAGACUCCAGAUUAAAUAAUGCGAAAGAGCUGAAGACAGAGAGCAAAAAACCCAGGAAACAAGGUGACAAUGUGGACAACUCAAAACUAAAUAGGAAUAAAAAGAAGUUACCUCUAUGUGAAGUAUGUGGAAAAUGUUUCUCUACUCAACAAAUGUUAACAGUGCACAUGAGAACUCAUACAGGUGAGAAGCUUUUCUCAUGUUUGACCUGUGGAAAAAGUUACCUAAGGAAACAUAACUUGACUGCACACAUGAGAAGUCACACAGGUGAGAAGCCCCAUGCUUGUAAAAUGUAUAAUAAGCCUUUCGUUAACGGUAGUAAUUUGCCGAAGAGAAGACGCAAAAAAAACAGAAAACAAGGUGACAAUGUGGACAACUCAAAGCUAAUUAUGAAUAAAAAGAAGUUACCUUUAUGUGAAGUAUGUGGCAAAAGUUUCAGUACUCGACAAAUGUUAACAGUGCACAUGAGAACUCAUACAGGUGAUAAUCCUUUCUCAUGUUUGACCUGUGGAAAAGGUUUCACUAGGAACUCUUCUCUGAAUGAACACAUGAGAACUCACACAGGAGAGAAGCCGUACUCUUGUGAGUUGUGUGAUAAAUCUUUCAUUAACAGUAGUAGUUUGAUUAGUCACAUGAGAACUCAUACAUGUGAGACACGUUUCUCAUGUCUGACCUGUGGAAAAAAGUUCUCCAAACCAUCAAGUUUGACUAAGCACAUCAGAACUCAUACAGGUGAAAAACCAUAUCUUUGUGAACUGUGUGGUAAAUUAUUCAGCAGCAGAUAUAAACUGACUGCACAUGUGUGUGGUAAUAAUCCUUAGGAUAUAAAGGAGACUUAACAGAAAGAUCUUUUUUUGUUUGACAAGCAGAGGGAAUGUGACUCAUAACUAUUAUGAUUUAUCUACAUAAUAUUUCCUCUGUUUCUACUUCUACAUUUUUUCACCUGUGAACUAGCCAUUUCGUUCCCUUGUGUAGAACCAGGGAAAAGUGUCAGAUCUUAAAACAGGUACGUAGCAAUCCACUGAUUAAUAAAUGGUCAUUGGGUCCAGGGCAGGUUGUCACUCCAUCACUGAUGCUCAAAUCUGAAGAAUGAAUUAAUCAGAUUGAAUGAUUUCAUCUGAAACCUUUUUUCUUUAUUCUGUUCCCAUUUAUUUGAUUUCGGAUCUGUUCAGGCCUUUUGACUCAGACUAUGACCCCUGAUAAAAUGUAUCAAAGUAAUUAAGUAAAUUUCGUUACCAUAGACUGUAAAUAAAACAGAGAAAUGUAAUUUACAUUGGCUUAAAAUGGCUGUACUCGAUUUUUAAACUUUUUUGUUUGUAACGGUUACGUGGAACCCACAAGGGCAAAACACAGUCACACGUACUUGACACCGCAAACUCCAUGCAUAUUGUAUGAUUUAUCUGAAAACUUUCUACUUUACUCUGUCCUCUUUAUUUGAGUUAUGAUCUCCGUCUGGGCCUUUUGUCUCCUGAUAAAAGCCAAAAUAACUGUUGACCGACCCCUGCUGGUUAGUAUUAUUUAUCAAAGUGAUAUAACUACAUUUCGUUACCAGAGACUGAACCUGUAAUUACUGAAUUAAUGGAGUUAGUUCAUCGUUAGAUGCCACAACAAAUAACAACAGGGAGAAUAAAUAUCUUAAAAUUAAAUAUUUUACCCAAACCUCUCUAUUUGUUUCAAAAUAUGUCCUUGGCACCUCUAGACUGCUUUUCUAAAAGAUAUUGGUCAGGAUGAUAUUAAAGAACAGGUGGGCAUGAUUUAGUUUGACCUUAUUUUAUUUACAGUUUGACCGAGAGGUUUAAAAUGUUCUGAUUUAAAGCUGUAUUACUGGGCUGCUCAGCUGAGGACCAUCACGUUUUAUUUUUCAAAUGCAAAUCUUCGUCAUUGGACCGAAAUGGAAACCGAUGAAUUAGAAUUACCUCUUCCUCUAAACUUAUAUUCAGCUUUGAAAAAAUCUCCCAUAGUAAAGCAAAUUAUAAAAAUAUGAUAUGAAAUAAAAAAUACUUAAGACAGAUUCAUUAUCUCAGUACAGCCAAUAUGGGGCAAUCAGAAUUUUGAAUGAGGAAGAGCAGAUCUUGGGUUAUGGUUAUUAUAAGGGACUAAAAAAGAUCCAAGAUCUCACGUGGUUCUGAUACAUUGAUGUCCUUUGAAGAAUUAAAAGCAAAAUUUAUUCUUCACAAAAUAAAUGUUUUAAGUAUCUCAAACUUAGAAGUUUUAUUCAAAGGAACCAAAGUAACGUAGUCAGAAAACCACCAAAAUCUUUACUGGAAGAUAUGGUGACGGGAUGAUUGCUGAGCUUUAUAGUUUUUUGAUAUCUAAAUCAUAUGACAGCUCAUCAUUUAAAUAACCGACUUGGAAAUAGGAUCUACAGAGUAAAAUAUACGACUACAACUGGGAAAGGGCUUGUGUCGAUGCUCAUUCUUAAGACCAUAAACAUACGAUUAAAAUGAAUACAAUACAAAUUGUUUUUGAGGGUAGAUGUGACGCCAGUGGGACUGAACAGAUGAAAGUAAUAUUCUGGAUAUAUGUACAAAAUGUAUGGAAAGCAAAGGCACGUUGUUUCACUGUGUCUGGCAGUGUAAAAUAAAUAAAGGUUCUGGACCCUUGUUUAAUUACUCUUAACAAUUGGCCUUAUUAGAUAUUAAAAGAGAUCUAUAGUUAACUUCUAUAUUCCUAUUUUGUAAGUAUGACAUGUUGCUGUUUCCAAAGCACAAUUAAAUGUAAAAUAGAUUGCCAAUACCACCAGGAAUUAUGGUCUGGCUUUUUUCUUUGUUCAUUCUUUUCUCACCCAUAUGGGUUACUAAUUCAGUAAAUAUCUCUGAAGUGUGUAUGUUUUAUGUGAAAAAAAAGCAAUAAAAAUAUUGUUGAAAAAAAA